AUGGAUUCUUCAAUUAGUAAUAUAAUCGAGGAUCAGGAAGAAAACGAUGCUUUGUGUAUUAAAUAUGAGGAACUUCUUAUUUGGACUCCAAAAAGCAAAGAUGAUGUCAAAUUAAAAAACCAAUCUCAUAUCGCUCGGAAAGAGCUGAGUUAGGUUGGUUCUUUGGCAACCACUAAAGAAUGGACCAAAACCUUAUUGCACACUAGCACAUUGAUUAGUAAAGAAGCAUAUGUCAGGUCACUGAACUCAAUGGAAGCUUUUUAUGAGAAAAAAGAAAAAGAAUCUGCUGAUAAUCAAACCAAGAGUCUUUCACCAGUAAAACAUUAAUUUGAAGAAAUAUCAGAUUAUACUUUUAAAUUAUUGGGCGGUAUCAAGAAAGUUAGAUUUAGAUUAAAUUCAGAUUAUCAAGCAUGACUUCUACAUUGUGAAUAGUAUUUAUGUAUAUUGUCUUUAUGUAUAUAAUUCGUAUUA